GCAAAUCUUUUAAGGAAAGAAUUACCUGAGCUGAGACAGAGGCAUAAGAAAAAAAAGUUAUCGUGCGAAUCCUCGGCAGAUAAGGUGCAUCUCAGUAUCUAUCCAAAGAUUACAUAUCAAAAGAAAUUAUUAGAACAAAGUUUUUCAGACUCCUGUGUUAAAAAAAUUUCUAGUCAGGAUUUAGAGGACUUUCUUUAUGAAAACGGCAUACCUUGUCCACUUUUAUUGGAGUCAAAAGAAGGAUUGGGAUUGACCAUUCCUGAGAAUGAUUUUACAGUGAAAGAUGUUAGAGAUAUUAUAGGAGGGAAUAAGAAAAUAAACGUUUUAGAUGUUUCCUCUCAACAGCAAUUAAGUGAAAAAUGGAGUCUCUCUAGCUUUGUUGAUUACUUUCUUUUGCCGGAUCAUGAAAGAAAGCAGAUUUAUAACGUUAUCAGUUUGGAAAUCAGUAAAACUCGUUUGAAUAAAAAAGUAGUCGCUCCCAGCAUAGUCCGUGCGUUGGACUGGAGCGAACUUUGGCCGCCCUUCAGAGUAAACGAGAAGCCUUCUGUUCAAAAGUACUGUUUAAUGAGCGUUAAGAAAUGUUUUACAGAUUUUCAUAUCGACUUUGGAGGAACGUCCGUUUGGUAUCAUCUUCUUUACGGAGAAAAAGAAUUUUAUUUCAUUCCGCCGACUGAACAUAACCUAAAAGCCUUUGAAAAGUGGACCAAAAAAAAAGACCAAUACAACGUGUUAUUUUCUGAUCUCGUUGACUCUUGCUACCGAACGGUGCUGCGCAAAGGACAAACCAUGUUUAUUCCUGCAGGCUGGAUCCAUGCAGUUUACACUGUAGAAGACUCGCUUGUUUUUGGUGGGAAUUUUCUUCACGACUUUGCCAUAUCGAUGCAGUUUUCGAUAGCUGAGCUUGAAAAACGCAUCGGUGUGGAUAAAGACUGCUAUUAUCCAAAUUUCGAAGCAACCAACUGCUAUGCGGCACUUAAAUUAAUGAAACUAGUACAAGAGAGAAAAGUCAACAAACUAAUAGUAGACGGAUUUUGUAAUUUGGCUCAAAAGUUAUACGGUUGGAGUAAAAACCAUAUCUUGGAGCAAAUAUUUUCGAGUGUCGUUGAGGACUUAAAAACUUUUUUAACGGAGGUAAUGGCCGCAGCACAACUUUUAAAGGGUUUAGAAAAAAUUGAAGAACUCGAUAAUAAUAAUAAAAAUAAUAGUAAUGAUAGCAAAAAUAUUAAAAGUAAUAUCAAAGUUGAUUUAUUAAUAACUCCGCUGAGCGGCUCCCGGCGGAAACCAAGUGACCUUUACGCAAGCAAGCAUGUACCGGCUGCUCUUAUUCUCCCUUCCAGCGAGCCAAUUAGAAAGUUUUCUGGAAAACGAAAUACACUGAUUGGUAGACUUAAAAAGUUGAAUUCUCUUCAUCGGCGUUGGCUGUAGU